AUGAAUAACUUGGCGGAGAGAGUAGCAUGCCUGUGUUGUGACAAGUACGAUAGUCUCAAAAAGACGGGAAAGCCAAAAGAGAACGAGUGGACAGUUCUUGCAGGAAUUGUUCUGAAAGAUAGUACGCAAACUUUAUCAGUGAUAUCUCUGGCGACUGGUACAAAAUGUUUGAGCGGUACAGAGUUGAUGGAUGUCGAAAAAUGGGAGUGUGGUAGUAGGUUGAGUGAUUCACAUGCCGAGGUGUUAGCUCGGCGAGCUUUUCAGCGAUAUUUAUAUAAUCAGUUGGAUUUAGUUCUUCGAAAUAAAAGUAGUAAUAUUUUUGAACAUAAUGAGAGCAGAAAAAUCAUUCUAAAAGAGAACGUCUCGUUUCAUUAUUUUUGUAGUCAAACUCCUUGUGGAGAUUGUUCAAUAUUUCCGCAAACAGAUGAUGAAUUAGUGCCCACUGAUGAGUCUUGCGUUAAAAGACGAAGAAUCGAUAUAGGGGAAGCAAGGGGAGCUUGCACACUCACUUCGAAUGUUGCAAGUCGUGAAAGCAACACAUACGUUGACAUUCACCGGACUGGUGCUAAAUGUGUGAGCACUGAAAAAGAACAGGAUUUGUAUCACCCUGGUCUCAAUUAUCACGUUAUUGGACCUUUGAGAAUAAAACCUGGUAGAGGAGACAGAACACUGAGCAUGUCCUGUUCGGAUAAGUUAGCCAAAUGGAAUGCCAUUGGUAUUCAAGGGGCGUUAUUAUCUAGGCUCGUUCCACCCAUAAGAAUCGAUACCAUUUGCAUUGGUGGACAGUGUCCAUUUUCUGAGGCUGCUAUGCGACGUGGGGUGCAUGAAAGAUUUGCUGAUGUUGCACACUGUCCUGAUAUUGUGCAAUCUGAGAAGGGUUUUGCUCACAGAAAACAAACUACGAGAACUCAGCCGUGCCCAUCAAGCAUAAUAUGGUGUGCGGUUCCCGGCAGGCAAUUAGAGGUAUCGGUUGACGGGCGUAAACAAGGUGUAACGAAAAAAAAAGCGAGAGGGAAUUAUUUAACAAUCAGCAGAAGAGAACUUUUUAGUACCUUUUUGAAGAUUGUUGAUGAAUUCGAUAAAAUCGAAAAUGGUGAAAAGAACCACCCUAAGAAAAUUACAUAUUAUCACGCCAAGCAAAGCUCCACAACUUAUCAACGAUCUUGGCAAAAAUUAAAAUUUGGGAGUUUUCAGGCUUGGCCUGAUAAACCGACUCAUUUACAAGAAUUCGUUUUAUUUUAAUAUACAAUGUGCACAAGUUCUU